UAUAAACUUUCAUUUCAUGGACUUAAACCAUAGACAAUAGACAGAAUGAAAUGUAUUGUCAAGAAAAAUUAAAAAAAAAAUCCAUACAAUUUACUAAACCCUGUUGGAGUGUGUUUGAUUUCGUUUACUUUCAUGAAUUUUUGAUUUCUUUCAUAUUAGAAUUUGAUCUAAUAUUGUUCAUUAUGUCUUCAGUUUGCUGUGGAACUAAAAAGCAGAAGCUCAAUAACUCUUAUAGUAAUAAUGUGGAACGACCUUUGAAUGGUUACCAAGAGUCUGUAGCUAUUCCUGAUAUGUGUUACUUUUGUUUCGAUGUUUUGUAUUGUCAGCUACAUAGUAUGGAUCCUCCACAAACGCCAAAUUUCACUAACGAUGCAUAUCAUGCUCACCCUGCCAGCCUUCAUGUUGCUUCUUCACACCUUAAAAAGGAUUCCGCCUUUAAAAGGAUCCCAGGUUGUAAUAGCGAGGGAACACGCUUACGGGAAUACGCUAUAACUAGUGCGUUGAAAGACUCCCGAUUCAGUCCCAUCACGCGCGAGGAGGUGCCUCGGCUGACGGUGUCUGUAUCCAUAUUGCAACACUUCGAAGAGGCAGAGCAUUACCUGGACUGGAAGCUUGGCAAGCAUGGCAUACGCAUCGAGUUCAUCAGCGAGCGAGGCACUAAACGCACUGCCACUUACUUACCGCACGUGGCUACAGAACAAGGAUGGGACCAAAUCCAAACGAUCGACUCGCUGUUGCGCAAGGGCGGCUACAAGGCGGCGAUCACCAUGGAGAUGAGGCGCAGCAUCAAGCUGACCCGCUACCAGUCCGAGGUGGUGAGCGCCUCGUACGGAGAGUAUCUCAGCCGGCGCUGCUAGCACGCGGCCCCCCAUCCGCUUAAUAAAAAUCUAAGACUUGUUUAUCACCGUAUACCUUAUUCGUACGAUCGUGUUAGUGGUAACUUAGCUUCUAAGCGUACGAGUGACGGACUACCUUGUUAUCAUGUAAAUAGACACUCAAAUGGUCACGCUUGUGCUGUGCGCUCGGCGAGCGAACUGUCGCCACUCAUUCAUAACGUAUAAACCGGUCUACACUGCCGAAUCGAAUUAUACAUUCCUCCAGUCGAAUGGUGCCAUCGUUUACUCUCUUGAAUGAAUACCGUGCUUAUGAAUUAGAACACGUAUAUUUGUAGAUAGCAAGUUCUGUUGGUACUGAAUGUUUGUGUGAUGAAAAUUGAUAAUAAAUUGUAGUGAUAUUUAAAUUAUACGAUCGAUGAUGAUGGUUUGACUCUUCGCGAAACUGUGGCGACACUGCAGGGGAACAUUUAGAUGGACUAUGUAAGGCGCUAUUGUGCCACUUGCGGUUGUGUAGAAAAUACACUAGUUUUAUUGUGAUCUGAUAACUAAUUUUUAUGUGUAUUCUGUGAAACAAGAGAAGAUUUUCAAAUUUAAGUGUUGUAUUUUCUUCACUCAGGCCGUGGAUGCUAAAGCACCUUAUAUGCUUAUCUUUAAAUAUGUAAACAGCGUAUUUUAAUUUUGAUACAUAGAAUAUGAGAAGGAGACAGGGGUAAAACGGUUACCCGUACAUUAAUUAUAUUAUGACAUAUAAACUUAAUUUUUAAUGUAAGGGUCAUAAAAAGGUAUUUCACUUGAAAGAAUGAGAUCUCAAAUAGUCACUGGCAAUAAUUUGGAGAACGACCUACAUUGAAUACUAAAAAAAAAAAGUGUUUAAAUUAGGCGCAGUUCCCACUUACAAUUAUGUUAAGGAGAUACAUUGUAAUAAUAAUAAAUAAUACUUAUAUCUUAUAAUAUCAAGAAAGUGAAAAUAAAAUAAAAAAUAUAUAAACACGAGUAAAUCAAACAAAAAAAAGGUAAUGUAAGAAUUUUGUUAUUGUGAAAUACAGGUGUUGUCUGUAUUAAUUUUAAUUAUUUUUAAAAUAUGGUUGUUGUUAUAAGGCUGGCAUUAACGGCACUCUUCUACGAUAAUAAAGCUUCCUCUGUCAACUUGAUAAUCAUUGUACAGCAUAGUGAGUAAUUUUGCCCCAACUCCAAUGUCGAAUAUUCCUUCAUGUCCCCAAAAGUACAAUGGUUGGAAAAGUUUAAGGUUAUUUUGUUACUUAGUAAAUACUUUAGAAUUUAAGGGAGCAAAACUUAUAUUCUAGUAUUGAUCUUUGCCAAUAAUUUGUGAGUUGUGAAAAAAGAUUUUAGCUGAAUAUCAAGACAUUUGUUACAUAUAUUUCAUGCGGGUAGUUUAAACUUAAUUCUAGAUUCUGUUCUGUAACACAUAACUAUUACAGCACAUAUUAUAUCGCAUUAUGUUUUUAUGACCAUAACAAAGUUACGAAAGUCGAAUUGUACAAGAAUCAGAUUUUUUUAUAUUCAUUGACGGCAGACUACUGGACGAUAGAAUUCAACUAUUACAAUAAUUGGUGUAAUAUCAAUAAUUGUAAGUUAUAUAAUCUUAAGCACAGGUAUAUUCAAAAAGUUGCUUUGAACACGCACAAUAAUAACUUUUCAAACAUGUGAGUAAUGUUAUUUAUUACUGAAAAGAGAAUAUCAGAUUCUGGUGUCAAAUUUGGGGAGUUCUGGUUUGAAUUGUAUCGGCUAUAAUGGUAGGUGUGUCUCGAUUGAGCUUUAAGAUCUAAAGAAAUAAAUAGAGGACAGUCCAGAUUGUUAAAUAAGUUUACGUCAAUAGAUAUAAUAAUAUAAUGAUAUCGAUUCUGGCAUGAUUCUCUAAACUUAAAACUAAAUUUAACAUCAGUUUCUUCUUAUCAUUCUGUAUAGAUAGUGACAAGAAUACACUGAUGUCGAUUCUGGCAUGAUUCUCUAAAGCUAAACUUAAAUUUGACAACAGUGCAUCCUUGUCCUUCUCUAUAUAGAAUAAAA